CAAUUCAUCUCUAGUCGUGGCGACAAUCACCCGCCAUCAUUCAAUAAUUACGAUUGCUGCACCAUCAACAACAUCAAACACCAUCAUCCCAUUGAAUCAACCAAUUCGAAUUCCAAAAGCGACCACAUUCGUUCCACAGCACUGUAAUCAUUAUUAUCCAACACUGCACGCUCAAAACAGCUGAUACUCAGAUUCUUAGACGUGCGUGUUUCAUGGUCCGAAUUACAUAAAUUUGGUGACAUUGUCGUGAGUUGCCCAAUCAUUCCUUACAUAGCGAAAGUCUGGAAAAACUCCACGCAGCAGCAAUACCUGUCGCAAUGUAUAAAUUGGCUGCCUUAGCGCGCGAGCGCGCCUGCUUCAUUACGUAUCAUUUGGCGAGUUACAACCUGCAACAACAACCGCAACGCCUAUAUAGCACACCUGGACGUCGGCCAGGAUUCUUUUCGCAAUUUAUUGAUAAUGUACGGAGUGAAAUGGACAAGAACAAAGAGAUGAAAGAUAGCAUAAAAAAGUUUCGUGAAGAGGCGCAGAAAUUGGAACAAUCAGAUGCGCUAAAAUCGGCGCGGCAAAAAUUCAACAUUGUUGAAUCGGAAGCGCAAAAGUCUUCCAGCAUACUGAAAGAACAAUUGGGUGCCAUCAAGGAAAAGGUUGGCGAUGUUAUCGACGAUGCCUCCAAAUCGGAUUUGGCCAAAAAAGUUUCUGAGGAGAUCUCCAAAACGGCGAAGGGCGUCAGCGAUACCAUUACAGAUACAAGCGGCAAAUUGGGUCAGUCCGGUGCUUUCCAAGCCAUUUCCGAUACAACGAAAUUAAUAAAAAAGGAAAUGAAUGAGACGAGCAUUGAAAAUCGCGUUUAUUGCUCGCCCGUUACCCUGCGAAAACGCAUACAGGUUGAUUUGUCUGAUAGCUCGAGGGUUGUGGAGGCAAAUACGGAAGCAUUAGGUUUGGAACUUCACAAGGACUCCAAAUUCUACCAGUCUUGGGAGAAUUUCAAGAACAACAAUACGUAUGUGAAUAAAGUACUAGAUUGGAAAGUAAAGUACGACGAAUCGGAAAAUCCUGUCAUUCGAGCCUCCCGUCUGCUCACCGACAAGGUUUCCGAUGUAAUGGGCGGUCUGUUUUCGAAAACUGAGCUGUCUGAGACGAUGACCGAACUAGUCAAGAUCGAUCCGAACUUUGAUCAAAAGCAGUUUUUGUAUGAUUGCGAAAAGGACAUUAUUCCCAAUGUUCUCGAAGCCAUAGUACGAGGGGAUCUGGAAAUUCUGAAGGACUGGUGCUUCGAGAGCACGUACAACAUAAUUGCAACGCCCAUAACGCAAGCGAAAAAGGCUGGCCUAUAUCUGGACUCCAAGAUCCUCGACAUUGAAAACAUUGAGUUAGCAAUGGGUAAAGUCAUGGAACAGGGUCCCGUGCUCAUUAUUACGUUCCAGGCUCAACAGAUCAUGUGUGUACGUGAUCAGAAGGCUCAGGUUGUCGAAGGUAAUCCGGACAAGGUAAUGCGUGUUCAUUACGUUUGGGUGCUAUGCCGUGAUAGAAAUGAACUCAAUCCCAAAGCUGCCUGGCGACUGAUGGAGCUGUCGGCCAAUAGUCAGGAGCAAUUUGUUUAAACGUGCUGCACUCAAUUUACCUGUAAGCAGUUUAAGUUUCUCAUCAUCCCA